AUGUCGCCGCCAGUUGACGAAGUCCGCGCCGGUUUUGUUGUCUCCGUGACACAGGAAGAAAAGAGGGAGGGAGAGCCAACUAUCUUCAGCGCCACGCAAAUUCCAUCUGUCAAUUCACUGCCCGUAGUUCCUCCUACUAGCGCCAAAAGUACUCAGAGCAUUGAUUUCUCCUUCGGGCCGAUCAUUGGCUACAUCGAUGUUAGCAGUUUGGAAGUGGGUGUUAGGGUUGAAGUGUUUGGGGCACAUAUCCUCAACCUUUAUGGCAAUUUGAAAGACGGCGUUGUGGGAAAGAUUGACCUCUUCCUCGCAGAAGGAGAGAUCCGUCUUUAUCUAGAUAAUGGAAACGAAGUGUGGCUUCACUAUGACGUGAAAGUGAAGUUUGAUGGCAAUUUUAAAGAUGACAUCAAACUCUUGACUAUUUGA